AUGCGCAACCUUAGGAACACCGCUUUUCGUCAGGUUGCUCUACCUGAAGGACUGCCACUCUCUGCAAAGGCUUGGGAUACUAAUAGCGAUGCCAUUGUAUGCGCCUUUGGGCCUACGAAAGAUCAGCCUUUUAUCGAACUCAGACGCAAGCAGCUGGAUGCAGCCGACUUCCAGACCAUCGUGUCAUGGGAUGCACCCUGUCCACUUCCGGAGCUAGAGAGCGACAACGUCUUACUCUUGCAGUACUUCGCCGACAUCGCCACUGCAUGUCUUGUUUUGGCAGGUGGAGACAUUGUUGUCGUCCGCGAGGAGCCUUUACCUGGACAAGAGCGGAUCGAGAUUGUCGGGAGCGUCGAUGUUGGCAUUGCAGCGGCUGCGUGGGCGCCUGACGAAGAACUGCUGGCCCUGGUCACCCGAGCCGACGCUCUAGUCCUCAUGAGCAGAGAUUUCGAACCAGUAACGGAAUCUACGCUCUCAGCAGAUGACUUGAAAGCGUCCAAGCACGUAUCCGUCGGAUGGGGGAAGAAGGAGACGCAAUUCCAGGGCAAGCGAGCCAAGGCUAUGCGCGACCCUACCAUGCCGGAGUCGAUCGAUGAAGGUAAGCCUAGCCCAUCUGAUGACGGCCGAACAACCGUAAGCUGGCGCGGCGAUGGUCAAUACUUCGCCGUCAACAGCAUCGUUCCUUCUCACCGCCGGGUGAUCAGAGUCUUCACACGCGAGGCUGUACUUGAUAGUGCCAGCGAACCUGUUGACGGCCUUGAAAGUUGCCUGUCUUGGAGACCCUACGGCAACCUGCUCGCUGGAAUUAAGCGAUCGAGCGAUAAAGUGGAAGUCAUCUUCUUUGAACGCAAUGGCCUACGACAUGGCGAGUUCAAUCUCCGACUUUCAGUUACGGACAUGGAAACCUGGGCCAGCAAUAUCUCGCUCUCGUGGAAUAUAGACUCGACCGUUCUUGCCGUCGGUUAUUGCGACCGCGUCCAGCUAUGGACGAUGGGCAAUUAUCACUACUAUCUGAAACAGGAGAUUACUCUUUCUCACAAUCUACCUGGCUCUGUGUUAUCAGCUCUCACGCCCUUGUGGCAUCCGGAAACUCCUUUGAGGCUACAGGUCUCUAAUGAGGAUAGCCACCUUGACCUCGCCUACAAUUUUAGAGUCAAUCGUGGGUCAGCCAUCCCUGGCUCCGACUACGGCAUCGUUGCAGUCAUAGAUGGAAAGUCGUUGAAACUUACACCCCUGAGGCAGGCGGGAGUGCCACCACCCAUGUCGUACUGUAAUGUCAGCUUCGAAUCUCCUGUCAUUGAUUGCUCUGUGAGCGCAGACGGCCAAUGGACUGCCGUGCUCACCAAGGAGACGCUUGAGUUGUGCGACUGGGCCCCCUUGUCAGUCAAUGACAGCACAAAGACAACCCCUGGAAGACGAUUCGGAACGACCUUGUCGAGGCACUCGCUCCAACUGCCACGCAGCAAUACUGCCGAUCACCCAUUGACCCUCACUCAGAUCGAAUUUUCUGGUGAUGGAGUAUUCGUCCUCGCUCCGGUGGGCAGCGAUAGUUCGCCUGGCCUAUAUCGAACGGACUGGGCAGUGGGUAACUCUAGCUCCGGCUUCGAGAAAGUGGAGUUGCGUAUGUCUCCCGAUAAUUUGGUCGUUGAUACGCAUAAAAACGUGCUGCUGGCUGUUGAGCGCAGUAAGGGCGAUCUUGUGGGAUCUUCAGAGGGCCGAAAGACCGGCGUAAUGGCGCCGGUAACCAUCGACAACUUACAGCCAGAAGCCACACUAUUUACAGUCAACACUACAACUGAGUCAGAAGUCGAACAGGACCUCGGCGACGCCCACGAAUCCUACCAUGCGGUGUCCUUGUCCGGAAAAGGUACUCUAAAGGUUGAUGCCACUAUCCUUGCGCGGGACUGCUCGUCAUUUGUUGUUACAGAUGCACACAUCAUUUUCACCACAACUCAGCACCUGCUCAAGUUCGUGCAUCUGACCGAGCCUGAAAAGAUGGAAGUACCAGGCAACACUCCAGAAGUUGACGAAAGGUGCCGAAGUAUUGAACGAGGAGCAAAAAUUGUCACUGUAAUGCCUUCGACGUAUGCCGUUGUCCUUCAGAUGCCCCGCGGCAACAUCGAGACCAUCCAUCCUCGUGUCUUGGUCUUGUCAGGCAUUCGAAAUCAUAUCAACAAUCUGGACUACAGGUCCGCCUUUCUGGCUUGUCAGAACCAGCAAGUAGAUAUGAACAUUCUUCACGACUAUCAGCCCGAUAGCUUCAGGGCCAGUAUCCCAAAGUUCAUCGGGCAGCUGAAGAAACCAAGUCGCAUUGAUGAGUUUCUGUCGAAGCUCAAGGAGGAGGAUGUCACCGAAUCACUGUACCGAGAUACUCUUUCACCCGGUCAAUCACAGCGGCAAGUUAACGGCGAUCAACGUACCACUAGCAAAACCAGCAACAAGGUCAAUGCGAUCUGCGAUGCCUUCAUCGCUGCACUCAGCGCUCUCACCAGCAACUCUGGCUACAUACAGAACAUCAUAACAGCCCACGUUUGCAAGCGCCCACCAGAUCUUGCCUCUGCCCUGACUCUCAUCUCCUCCAUUCAUGCUACUUCGCCCUCGGAAGCCGACCUCGCGAUUUCACAUCUCUGCUUCCUGACAGACACCACACGGCUCUACAAUGCCGCACUCUCCCUCUACUCGCUCGAGCUUGCUCUACUGGUUGCACAAAAUGCACAACGCGACCCCCGCGAGUACAUGCCGUUCCUUCAAUCUCUCCAUGCCAUGGAGCCCCUUCGGCGACAGUACACCAUCGACAACCACCUUCGCAACUACUCCAAAGCUCUGACAUCCCUUCACGCCCUCGAUGAUCACCCAGCCGUCGAAGCCUACACUCUCAAGCACUCCCUCUACGCCCAAGCCCUAGACCUGUACAAAUACUCCCCAGACUACAAUUCGGCCAUAACUCGACACUACGCAGCCCACCUCGCGUCCACCAACCAACCCUACCGCGCCGCCACCCUCUACGACUCCCUCUCCGACCACACCGCCGCCUACCCGCUCUACGCCCUCGCCCACGCCUGGCGCGAAGCACUCACCUCCGGCACCCUGGUCCCCCUCCCCUCUUCCCAACUACAAACCCUGGCCCACUCCCUCGCCACGACCCUCACAGACGAAACCCGCGACUACCGCGCCGCCGCCCACAUCCACGAACACUACCUCUCCUCCCCACUCGAAGCCGCCCGCCUGCUCUGCCGCGGCAGCUACAUCGCCGACGCCAUCCUCCUCCUCUCGCGCACCUCCCCCAGCAGCAUCCCCGAAACCAUCGACCCGGCUCUGUCCGAGCAAACCGGCGCCAUCCUCUCCCUCCUCGCCGACUUCCGCUCCCAGCUGUCCGCCCAGGUGCCGCGCAUCACCGAGCUCCGCGCCAUCAAAGCCGCCGACCCCCUAGCCUUCUACGGCGGCGACGCCAGCGCCGCUGCCGCAGCGGCCGACGGCGUCGACCUCAUCCCCGACAACGUCAGCCUCGCCCCCACCGAGACGACCGUGCAGAACAGCCUGUUCACGCGCGCCGGCGCCGGCGCCUCCCGCUUCGGCGGCACGGCCCUCAGUGGCGCGUCGCGCAAGACGUCCAAGACGAAGCGGAAAGAAGAGCGGAAACGCGCGCGGGGCAAGAAGGGAAGUGUCUAUGAGGAAGAGUACCUGGUGGCGAGCGUGGGGAGGCUGGUGGAGCGGUGGAACGGGACGCACGAUGAGGUGAAGAGGCUGUUGGCGGGGUUGGCGAGGAGGGGGAAGAGGGAGGAGGGGGUGGAGGUGCAGAGGGUUAUGGGGGAGGUGGGGGACGCUUUCGUGAAGGCGAAAACGGAGGUUUGGGGCUUUGAGGAGGAGAAAGGUGGAGCUGAGACCGCGGAAGGGAAUGCAGGGGAAUUGGGGCGAAGUAGGCCGAAUGGUGCCGAUGGGGUGCUCUGGGAUUCUCAGCAGGAGGGUGGGGAGCCGAAGAUGAAGAAAGCACCAGAGGUGAAGGCUUGGACGGGAGGAGAAGUCUUUGCGUAA